CUAGUGAGAGUGGUAAGGUCAGUUCGUUACCAAAAGUGUUCCAACGAUGAAGAUGUGCGCUACAGUAAGGUCUUCCCUCUUCCCGGUCGGUGAGAAAAAGCUACCGAAGCAGCAAUUAGCGCCACAAAUCUGAUGAAGCCACAUCCAAUAGCCUAUCGCGUAUCAGAGCGCGGAUCUUCCCGCACUUCCAUUGGAGAUCUCCAGGCACUAAUGUGCACUGAGGCGCAGCACACACCGCUUCAUUUUUUGUUUGUUUUUCUUUUUUUUGUUCCCUCCCCAAUUUUUAGUCCCAUUUUUCUUCCUCUUACCCCAUGUCAUCGUCCCAUGGUUGUACAUGCAUUGUUAUGUCAUAAUGCUCCACCUGGCAACAACACGGUCAGGAACCAUGCAUCGUGGUUCGAAAACGAGGCCCUCUUUCGAAUUCACCGGUUCUUCCAUUCUUCCAUUUUGCUUCCGGAACAACUUGGCUUGAAUUCUGGGUGGGCCCAUAAAUGCUUCUCACCGUGUUGGGCUGUGUUCUAGAAAAAUCGAGGUGGACUGCCAUGGCGCUUUUUAAUUUUAGUGUCAUAUGAUAUGUCAUAGUUAGCUUCGUUUCAUCUAUAGAAUGUCUUU